UCUGAGUAGCAGUUGAAUAGAGCGGUCGUGAAAUGGGAUUGUGUUUGUUGCUGUUAAUCGGUCUGGGCACAUUAAUCUUCUGGCUAUAUAGAAUCAACAAGGAUUACUAUGUCUUGGCAUUCUUCGCAAGGCGAGUACGCACCAAUGAUGGUCGUCCCUUAGAGAGCAUUGUUCCGGUUGCCAAGGGACGCACAAUAUUUGGGAACAGCUUUGAUCUGUAUGGCAAAAGCGAUGCUGAGGUAUUUGAGGUAAUGAGCAAUAGGGCUAAGCAAAUAGGUCGCAGUUAUCUGGCAUAUUUCAUGGGUACGGCCAUAUACAAUAUUAUCGAUGCGGAGAACGUUGAACUGAUUUUAAAUGAUCACAGUCUAAUAUCCAAAAGUCUGGUCUAUGAGCUUGUACAUCCAGCUUUACGCACUGGUCUACUGACAUCGACAGAUAAGAAAUGGCAUACGAGACGCAAGAUGUUAACGCCCACUUUCCAUUUUAAUAUCUUGGGACAAUUUGAAGAGAUUUUCAAAGUGGAAAGUCUAAAGUUUGUGAAGCAGUUUGAGGGUCAAUCUGAGAUUUCUAUCUCUCUAAGUGAGCUCAUUCCCAGAUUCACAUUGAACAGUAUUUGUGAGACUGCCAUGGGCGUUAAACUGGAUGAUAUGGCUGCCAAAGGUGAUACGUAUCGCAUAAAUUUUAGCAUGAUUGAGAAAGCAUUUAUCAGGCGUAUGAGUAAUCCCAUUUUUUGGAAUAAUACGCUUUACAAUCUGUUUGGGGCCAGGAAGGAUGCGCCCUUCCUCGACGGAGUGCAUGAAUUCUCUAGUGAGAUUAUAGCCAAGCGCCGUAUAAUGCUAGAAGAGCUGCUCAAGGACAAUAAAAACGUUCAAGAUGCUGAUGAUGAUAUUUACAUUAAGAAGAAGCAACGCUUUGCCAUGCUGGAUACGCUUAUCUUGGCAGAAAAAGAUGGAUUAAUUGACCAUGAGGGCAUUUGCGAGGAAGUGGACUCUCUCAUGUUUGCAGGAUUCGAUACCACAUCCAUCGGUCUUAUAUUCGGACUUAUGAACAUGUCCUUAUAUGCGGACAAACAGGAGCUCUGCUAUCAGGAGAUAAACGAACAUAUAGCUGAUGACUUUAGCAACUUGGAUAGUAAUCAGAUAUCGAAACUUAAGUAUUUGGAGUGCUUUGUGAAGGAAACUUUACGCAUGUUUCCCUCGGUUCCCUCCAUAGGUCGUACAGCAGUUCGAGAAACGGAGCUGGCUAAUGGCUUAAUACUGCCAGCUGGCUGCAACAUCACUCUUCGUAUCUUUGAUCUGCAUCGCAACCCCAAAUACUGGACUUCACCCGAAGAGUUUCAACCCGAACGAUUUCUGCCCGAAAACAGCAAGGAUCGUCACAUCUUUGCCUAUGUUCCCUUCAGCGCUGGACAACGCAAUUGCAUAGGUCAAAAGUAUGCCAUGCUGGAAAUGAAGACACUGCUGAUUGUGAUCCUCAAGCUGUAUAAAGUAUUGCCACUUGUCGAUCCAAAGGAUUUGGUCUUUAACGUGGGCAUCACAUUGCGUUGUCAAAACAACAUUAAAGUGAAACUAGUUAAGCGUUAGACAAUAAAUCCAUAAAAACAGCAACUCAAAGUUAGUAAUUUGGAAUCUUAGGAACAAACUCGAUUGUUCUCUAUUAGGUUGCCUUAAUACUAAGUGUGUGAAUGUAAAGCUUAUGUUUUUAAACAUAAAUUAUUAAGAAAUAGUUUUGGAAUUUAUUACAGCUUAUAGCCAGUUAGUCUGAAUCUAGGGGUUAAGUAUAUUAAAGUGAUUAAAACAUAUGUGAUCUUUAUUGCCAAACUUAUCUUUAUAAACGCAUUUAAAUUGUAAACAGGUCUUGAAGAGUAAAAAUAUAUAUUUAAAAAUA